AUGGGCCGGGGGCCGGGCGCGGCGAUGCUGCUCCUGGCGCUGGGGUACCUGGCCCGGCCACUGGCUUCGGAGAGGACGUGCGAAAACAUCUACCAAGGCUUCUCGGGCUGCAUCUUAAAGCUGGGGGAACGCAUGGCUGCCUACAGCAACGGGGCCGGCGACCGGGGCGAGGGGCAGGGGCUGCGCGCUGUCUGUGGGUACUGGGAGGAAUUUCACACAUGUGCUAUGACAGCCCUCUGGGAUUGCCAGAAGGAGGCAGUCUCUAUCUGGGAGAUGUUGAAAAAAGAGUCUAGAAAAAUCAAAUUUCAAGGCAGCUUAUUCGAUCUCUGCAGCCCCAGUGGCUCCAGGAGCUUCAGCUUGACAAACAUUUCCAAUUUAUCUGUCUUAAGCAUCUCUCUGAUGGUCAUUUGGCUUAAUUUAUAAAUGGAGUGGCUCUGCAAGUACCAGCGCUGAGAGGGGAUCAUCACUGCGCGUUGUAAGUGUCUCACAGAUCAUAAGUGUAAUACUUCCAAACCUUAGAGAAAUAUCGUGUAUGGUACCUGUUGACCACUUGGUUUUCUUAUCCCAUGUAUAAGCCUCAGAAGAUCUUGGCUGCAUCCCCUCAGUUUUACUAUCUCUGUGUAACUUAAGCGAAUCAAAAACACUUUGCUCUGACUAGAUUUCAUCCAGCUGAUGGUGCAUGUGCGUCUUAGCUGAUACGAUGAGAACUCUGGGCCUGCAGACUGGAGGCCAAAAGAUUGGGGGAGAAGUGGAUUAACCCUGGAUUCUUCUACAGUCUUCUUUCUGUGCAUUUUCUGGAAGUAAAUCUGUCUGUUCUGCCAGACCAUGCCUUUGAUGAUGAUGGGUGGGAGGAAGCAAAUCUGAAGUGCUCUGAGGUGCAAAGGAAAUCUCUGAACCUGAUGCAGGUAGGAAGGUCUCCAGGUCAUUUUCAGUGGUGGACUCUGCUGUUCUGGGGCUGGUGAAGGCUGCUCUGUGGAACAAUCACAGGUAGAGAUCUGUUUCUAUGGGGUGGGCUGGCUUAGUGCAAAGUGAGAUUUCUAAUAUUCCUUUUGCGUUAAACAUUUCCUGAAAGAUUCCUGUGAGCAACAUUGAGGCAACAGCCUGUAAUUCAAGAAUAUUAAACAGCUUCUUCUUGUGUUGUGUA